AUGGCGGUGGAGCUGAUGAUGGGAUGCGAGGGCGAUGGAGGCGGCGAAGGUGGAAUUCCAGAGGGCUCGGUGGAGGAGGCGGCGCAGGCGGGCUUGCGGAGCAUGGAGAAGCUCCUCCGGCUGCUCUCGAGCCAGUCGCCGGAGAAGCCGCCGAAAGAGGAGGGGCCAGAGGUGGCGGUGGCGGCGGAAUGCCGGGGGGCGGUGGCGAUGUUUCAGAAGGUGAUCUCCCUCCUCGACCACGCCCGCACCGGCCACGCCCGCUUCCGGCGAGCCCCCAUCCUCCCACACCAGAUGAAGAGGCUCGCCGGCAAGGAGGCGGCGCCGGCAACGGCGGAGGCGAAAAAGAGGAAGAAAUACGACGAGGAGGGCUCCAUACAGCGGUUGCCGCCGCUGCCUCACAUCCAUCAGAACCAUCAUCUUCUGCAGCGAACCAGAUUCUCCGCCGAGGACCGGGCGGCGCCGAGGGCCGCCGGCGGCCAGCCUCCCGGGUCCUCUUCCUUCUCCCUCCCCCCGAAGAGGAGCUUCGGGACGUCGUCGGGGGGAGCCGGCGGUGCUUCAGGCAAAUGCCACUGCCCCAGAAGAAGGUGAGUGAACGAACAAUCUGAUUAUAUCACAGUUUGUUCUUCGUCUUCGUCUUCACCGUCAUCUGAUGAUAUGGUAGCAGGAAGUUGAGGUUGAAGAGGACGGUGAGGGUGCCGGCGAUUAGCUCGAAGAUGGCCGAUAUCCCCCCGGACGACUACUCCUGGCGAAAGUAUGGCCAGAAGCCCAUUAAGGGCUCCCCUUACCCACGGUAUUCUCCCUCUCCCUUCUCUCUCUCUCUCUCUCUCUCUCUCUCUCUCUCUCUCUCUCUCUCUCUCUCUAGCUAGCUCUUUCUGGAGCGAUUACCAUCCCUCUUUUCUUUAUCUUGUAGGGGGUACUACAAGUGCAGCAGCUUGAGGGGGUGCCCAGCGAGGAAGCACGUCGAGAGGGCACUGGACGACCCCACCAUGCUGAUCGUCACCUACGAGGACGACCACCUCCACGACCCCUCAGAUCCGGUGGCGCUUCCGUGUUAG